AUCUCUCUGCUGAAGCAGAACCUAGAAAUGCAGCUGUGCCAGUCCCAGAAUGCUUUGCAGCAGCUGCAGUCACAGUUUAGUCAAGAGCGACAACGCCUCACUCGAGAGCUUCAAGAAUUGGAGGAGGAACACCAGCAAAGGCAGAAGUCACUGCAAGAAGCUCAUAUGUUAGCAUUCCAAAGUAUGGAAGAAGCAAAGGACCAAGAGCAAAAAGAUCUGGAAGAUCGCUUGCAUCAAAAAUAUUCAGAAGAGCUGCAGUCUGUAAAAGAUGCCCACAAGCAGGUCAUGGACAUGCUGCGAGUAGAGAUGGAACAGGAGUUGCAGACCUUGCGCUUUGAAUUGGAAGAUGAAGGCAAAGCCAUGCUAGCAUCUCUGCGCUCAGAGCUUAAUCAUCAACAUGCGGCAGCCAUUGACCAAUUAAGGAACCAUCAUCAUCAGGAAAUGGAAGCUGCUGCAGAAGAACUUGAAAGACAUAAGGAUCUCAGCAGACGACAGGAGUCUGAGCUUUUAGGGCGAAUAGCAGAGCUUGAAAAGCAGCUCAGACAUCAAGAACAGCAUGUGGCUAAUCUCAAUAAGGAACUGAUGAUACUACAUGAAAGCAUAAACACUUUGACUAAGGAACUGGAGUUUAAGGGAAAAGAGAUCCUUAGAAUACGCAGCGAGGCUAAUCAACAAAUUAGGGUACAUGAGCAAGAUUUAAACAAGAAACACGAAGAGGAUGUGAAUGACUUAACAGCCGCCCAUAUCAGGGAGAAGCAAGCAAUUAUGGCAGAAUUUGCAAAGGCACAAGCUAUGCUCAUGGAAAAAAAUUCUGCAUUAAAUGUUUCGUUAACAGAAAUGGAGGAAAAAUACCAGAACAGAGAAUCCAGGCCAGAAGAUCUGCAGGUCAUCUCCGAAUUAAAGGACAUGGUUACUGAGCGGGAUCAACUUAUCAAGAAACUAAUUGAAGACAAGAAAUUCUAUCAACUGGAAUUAGUCAACCGAGAGACCAACUUCAACAAAGUAUUUAACGCAAGCCCUAAUGUUGGCGUUAUCAAUCCC